AAGGAGCGGUGCUUAACACCAGCGCCUCCGUUCAAACAAGCUUCGGUAUUUGUUGAGAUCGUGGCAUUGUUAAGAAGAUUAGUCCCUCUGCUGAGAAGGGGGAAAUUUGGUCGGCGAAAAUGUGGGAAAAAAAUAAGUUCCGACCUUGAGAAGGUUUUAGAACUAUACUUUAUGAACUAGUGUCGUCUGGGGAUCGUCCUAGUCGGUGCCUAGUCGCCCAAGAGGGGCGCGACACAGGUGAAGCUCAGCUUCGGGCGGGGAGAGUGGACAAGAGAUCAGGGAGCUACAUCAUCUACUGCGGAAAAAUAACGAGGGCGUACAUUCCCAGGCCUGAAGCGCCGUGGUCGCAUCGUCUGUCUGGUUUUACGGUUAGGAUCACUGACACGGAUCCGCCCGACAAGCGCUCACGAUGGGCUCGAGAGAGAAGCUGGAUGCCCAGGAGGACAGCAGGCUCGCCGACAGUGAGAAAGGCAGCCCCAAGAAGAACGGCGGCACCGAGAAGAGCAGGAUGACCGCCAAGGAGAUCGAGGACCUGUACAGGGACCACCCCUUGACGGAGGACACGACCUGCGGCUUCGGCUUCAUCCGGGGACACUGGCUGCAGCGGUUCAGCAACGAGAAGUACUACGUGUGCAUGUACGGCCUGGUGGGGUCCAUGUUCGGCGCCUGCUUCUCCUACUUCAACGGCACCAUCUCGACCAUCGAGAAGAGGUUCAAGAUCCCCAGCAAAGUUUCAGGCAUGAUCAUCGUGGGCAACGACUUCUCCGCGCUGCUGGUGGGCGUGUUCCUGUCGUACUACGCCGGCAAGCAGCACCGGCCGCGCUGGAUCGCGCUGGGCAUCUACACCGUGGUGUUGUACUGCCUGCUGACGCUGACCCCGCACCUGCUGUACGGUGUCGGCGAGGAGGCCCUGGCUCUCACCGUGGAGCACGGCGGCCGCUCCGUCGCCAACCUCUCCGCCAGCUACGUCGACCCGGACCUGAAGAACGUCAUGUGCUUCGCCGACGAAGGGCCCGAGUCGCGCUGCAAGGAGGAGGGGGGAAGCCUGAACGUGCCCGCCAUCUUGUUGUUCGUCGGCAACCUGAUAUCCGGCGUCGGCGGCGGGCUGUACCACACCAUCGGCAUGUCCUACAUGGACGACAACAUCGAGAAGCACAAGAUACCCUUCCUCAUCAGUUUGUCGCACUUCGUGAGGCUGCUGGGUCCUGCCGUCGGCUACUCGCUGGCCUCGCUCAGCCUGGAGAUGUACAUCGCUCCGGAUCUCACCCCCACCAUCAAGCCAAACGACCCCCGGUGGACAGGAGCUUGGUGGAUGGGCUGGAUCCUGCUGUCCUUCGUGCUGUUCGUGACGGGCUCCAUGAUCGGGCUGUUCCCCAAGACGCUGCCCGACGCCGCCGUGCGCAAGAUGAUCGCCGACGAGAAGGCGCGCCGCGCCGGCGAGAAGGUGCCCGAGGAGACCAAGCCGUCCGUCUCGGACAUGCUGGCGGGCUUCUGGCGGCUGCUCAAGAACAAAGCCUACAUGGCCAUACAGGUGUCCCACAUAUUCUACCUUUUCGGCUACAUGCCGUACUGGGUCUUCAUGGCCAAGUACAUUGAGGUCCAGUACCGCAUCUCUGCUUCCAUUUCGAGUCUCAUCACUGGCACGGUGGGGCUGGUGUUCUCCGCGCUGGGGAUCCUGGUGUCCGGGAUAGUGAUCACCAAGUUCCGGCCCAAGGCGCGCUCGCUGGCGCUGUGGAACAUCACCGUGGUGUUCAUCAGCGUGUUCGGCAUCGCCAGCUACGCCUUCAUCGGCUGCACCAACAACGACACGUACGGAGUCGUCGACGACCAGGGCCUGCUGCAGCUGGACCUGACCUGCAACGCCAACUGCAGCUGCGACCAGGUGCGGUACACCCCUGUGUGCUCGCAGUACGGCGACCGCUCCUACAUAUCGCCCUGCCACGCCGGCUGCUCGGGCGAGAAGACCACCGUCAACGGGACUGUGAUGUACACCGACUGCUCGUGCAUCGCGCCCAACUCCAGCCUCCCCAAGGACAUGGACCCGGCGGGCGGCUACGUCACGGACGGGGCCUGCCCCUCCGACUGCAUGAGGAAGUUCCUGAUCUUCGUGAGCAUCGUGUGCCUUCUCAAGUUCACGGGCGCCACCAGCAGGUCCUCCAACUUCCUGGUGUCCAUCAGAUGUGUCGAGGAGCGCGACAAGACGGUGUCGAUGGGUCUGGGCAUGGCGCUUCUGUCGGUAUUCACGUUCCUGCCGUCGCCCAUAUUCUUCGGAUACAUCCUAGACAAGACGUGCAUGGUGUGGGGAAUGUCCUGCGCGGGAACCAGGGGCAACUGCUGGCUCUACAGCGGCGAGGCCAUGAGGACUGCACUCAACUUCACCGCGGCAGCUUUCAUUGCCGUCGGAGCCAUCUUCGACAUCUCCGUGUGGUACUACGUGAAGGACGUGAAGAUCUUCGAUGAAGAAAUCGAACUGAAAGACAUCGUGGAAGGGGAAGAAAAUGUCGAGGAGCAACUGAUAACAGAGAAAGGAAUGGAGUGAUGACUCGACCCUUUGACAGUCGUUAAAAAAUUUAAAAAAAAACCCAACAAAAAUAACUAUUUUUAUACGUUCUUUAUUUGUUAUUUAUGGUGUCGCCAUCGUGUUCUGUUAAAAGAAUAUGAUUCUUAGCCUGUACAUAUGUUAAUAAAAUUGGCUGUAAAUAUAAUGAAACCGAGAGGUUUCAUUGAAGCAAUAAAUAGUUUUAAAGUGUUCCAAAAUA